UUUGAAUAUAGAUGUUAUCCGGGUGCAGCGUGUGUGGGCAGCGCAGUGCGAAGAGAUAACGAAGGCAGAGGCAAAAUGGCAACAGCAACAGCAACAGCAACUUGUGCGGUUUCAUUCAGGAACAGCUUCGGUGCGAGUAAGCCCUCGGAUCUUGGGUUCGUCACCUCUCAGUUGAGCGGCCUCAGAAUCUGCAACCCCAAAUUGCUUCCCACACCCCUCACUCUCACUCUCACUCUCACUCUCACUCCACCUCUCCCUAUCGUUGCCAGGAGAGUGUGUCCCCUCACGGGAAAGAAAUCAAACAGGGCCAACAAAGUAUCAUUUUCAAACCAUAAGACUAAGAAACUGCAGUUUGUGAACCUUCAGUACAAGAGAAUUUGGUGGGAAGCAGGGAAGCGCUAUGUAAAGCUUCGUUUGUCAACGAAAGCAUUGAAGACCAUAGAGAAGAAUGGACUUGAUGCAGUGGCAAAGAAGGCUGGAAUUGAUCUCAAGAAGAAAUAAGAGUAUCGAAUUAUGAUUGUAACAGAGUGGAAGAAUACAUUCAUAUUCCUUGGUGUUAAUUGUAGAUUUUUCUCUUUCGUAUAUUAUUUUUCAAAAGCAAGUUGUGUUUGUAGAGAAACAAAAUAUGGUGAGGUCAUGAGCCAUGAAUUUCACUAAUGGAAAUCUCUUUGACAACCCCCUCAUGGUGCUUACAAUAGCCAUGGAUAGGAUUGUUAGUAGCUUGAUCAAAGUGAAUUAUCCUACUAAAUUGGUAUUUUCUUGUA